AUGAGUAGCUGCUGUAUCAAAGGUUUCAAGUGGGACGGAGAACCCCAGGGCCGGGAAACAACUCUCGCAGAGAACCCAGCCUAUAUCACAGGCUCCAACAGCGAUGUUGCAAUUCUCGUCAUCCACGAUUUGUUCGGAUGGACAUUCCCAAAUAUCCGCCUACUUGCGGAUGCUUAUGCAGAAGAAGCCAAUGCGACAGCUUAUGUUCCUGACUUUUUUGGAGGCGAAGUUCUUAAUGCAGAAAUUUUAUCUAAAGAUCCUGUCGAAUGGGGCCCUCUCGAUAUACCCGGCUUCGUGGCCCGUAACAGCAAAGAUGUGCGAUGGCCCGAGAUUCUCGCCUGUGCUAGGACUCUGAGAUCGCAAUACAAGCGAGUAGCCGCUAUCAAAUUCUGUUUCGGUGGCUGGGCUGUAUUCCGUCUAGGGUCGAAAGACAACGAAGACCUUGUCGACUGUAUUUCGACAGCACAUCCGUCUUGGCUUACCAAAGAGGAGAUUCAGAAUGUCGGCGUCCCAGUGCAGAUUCUUGCACCGGAGCACGACCCUGCUUUUACACCGGAACUGAAGGAGUUCAGUAACAAAGUCAUUCCCACGCUAGGAAUUGACUAUGAUUACCAGUAUUUUCCUAAUGUGGAGCAUGCAUUUGCUGUGAGAGGUGAUCCUGGCAACGACAUGGAGCGAAAGGGAAUGGUGAGGGCCAAGAAAGCUGUGGUAUAUUGGCUUAACCAAUAUUUGCAUGGCAACUGA